UGGCCACGAACUGAAACCUCUGACUCCUGCAAACGCUACCUAGCGCGCACAGUUUGCUUGGGGCCCGCAGGGGCCACUAAUUACUACCCAACAUAGAGCUAUAAACAGAAGAGAACUAAAAUAUGGACUCGGACAGCGAUGAUGAGAGAGCCGCGGGUUACGUGCCGGUACUUGCGGCGACGAUGUCGAUGGCCGCACGCGGUGUCAGCUCGCCACAACGGCCGGAAUCCGCUUCUGUUCUUCGGGAUGGAGUGUCCUUGUAUACCAACGAGCUCUUUACGGACGGAGAUGUGCUAGCUGAAGGACCCACUGUCGCAAGCCCGAACGGAACAGCAGCGCCAGGGCGAAGAGGGCCAUCUCUUGCUGCAAAACGGCAGGAGCGGCUGCAGGCAGGGGCGACGUAUACGCCGAACUCGCUCCACAAAAAUCCUUCAUUACGGGCACCGCCUCCGGUAACUUCAAAAAGCUUGACAGACUCGCCGUCGUUCCGGCCUUCACCUUUGUCGCAAACCGGAGGUUCGGGUACUGAUGCUGUGUCUACGGCUGGCAGCAGCCAGGGUGGCAUCGGGCUGAUCCAUGGGCUACGGCCGUCCUAUGAUCCAAAUGAUGAAGCGUCCAGCACAGCUCAAGAGAAGCAGAUUGCAGUUGCUCCCCGGAAUGGGCUGCAGUUCGACCUUAACGACAAACCGGCGUUCCUCAUGAUGCCAGGCCCUAAGAAUGGCCCCGUCCAGUGCGUUAUCGUUCGGGACAGGGGGUCUGUGAAGAUGUAUCCGCGCUAUUCGUUGUACUUAGAGGAGGGCCGGCGAUUCCUGCUCUCAGCACGAAAGCGCAAGAAGCAGACGACGAGCAACUACGUAAUUUCGUUAAAACAAGACGACCUCAGCCGCGAGAGCGGCUCCUUUUUUGGGAAAGUUCGGGCAAAUUUCGUGGGGACGGAGUUCACCAUUUACGACAAGGGCCUCAAGCCAGGCAAGAAGGAUGCGUCCGAGGGGGAACUACGCCAGGAGCUUGCCGCGGUGACAUAUCAGUACAACGUGCUUGGCACUCGAGGACCCCGGAAGAUGAUGGCGGCUAUCCCCUCUGUCGAUGGGACCGGCCGAAGGCUGUACCACCCGACUAGCGAGGCGGACUGCAUCCUUGAACGGAUUCGGCAUCGGAAAGGAUUGGAAGAGCUGGUCGUGAUGGGCAACAAGCCACCACGCUGGAACGACGAGCUCAACGCCUACUGUCUCAACUUUAAUGGGCGGGUGACCGAGGCAUCCGUUAAGAACUUCCAGCUGGUGUCUGAUGACAACCACAAUCACAUCAUCCUCCAGUUCGGCAAGGUGGGCAAGGACUCAUUCACUAUGGACUACCAGUGGCCCAUCUCCGCCUUCCAGGCGUUCGCAAUUUGCAUGUCCUCCUUCGACAACAAGCUUGCGUGUGAAUAAACAUGUUUAUAGGUGGUUUGGUGCCACAGACAUGCAUAGUUAAGAGCAAGCGACUAUAUGGGGGUUGCUGAAGCACGUGUUUUCCUCACUCGAGGACGCUGCGAGCAGCAGCUCUAAAGCGCUGUAUUAUAGUUAAAUGGCGAUAACUGAUUUUCCGCUGGGACUGCGGCAGAGCAUGGUGAUCCGGGAGGGAAACAACUCGCCAGUCGGCGUUGUAGAUGCGUACAUGGGUAUAAUUGCUGACAUACGACUUGACAGUGUAACGGCAGGGUUGUCGUACUUUGACAUGGUAUUAUGUUGGACGGUGCAUUGGAUGGGCAGUUCUGUUACGAGACAUAUACGCUUGUUGUUGGAGUUCUGGCCUAGAAACUGCUACAGUUUAACGCCACAAAAGCUGUGACCAGUUAUCACUGUCGUCGCUGCAUGUAUAUGUGGGAGCUUGGGCGUCGUCGGCCCCAAAAUCGCUGGGGCAUCGUCAUGUAACGUCACUUCAAC